AUGCCUUCCGACAAGAUCCCAGCUCUCAACGGAAAAGACGCUCGCACGUUCUGGUUUCGCGAUGCAGUCGUCUACCAGAUCUGGCCAGCUUCGUACAAAGACAGCAACAACGAUGGCGUUGGCGACAUUCCAGGCAUUAUCUCGACUCUCGACUACGUCAAGUCGCUCGGGGUCAAUACCAUCUGGCUAUCCCCCAUGUACGACUCGCCUCAGGUUGAUAUGGGCUACGACAUCUCGGACUACCAAAACGUCUAUCCACCCUACGGUACGUUGCAGGACAUGGAAGAGCUGAUCCGCGAAUGCCACGCGCGCGGCAUCAAGCUCAUCCUGGAUCUCGUCAUCAACCACACCUCGGACCAGCAUGCUUGGUUUCAAGAAUCGAAAAGCAGCAAGGGCAAUCCGAAACGAGAUUGGUACAUCUGGCGGCCCGCCAAGUACGAUGCUACCACAGGCGAGCGAAGUCCGCCCAACAAUUGGAGGGGUGCGUUGAAUCAAUCCGCCUGGACGUGGGAUGAGGCGACGCAAGAGUACUACCUGCACCUCUUCACGCCACAGCAGCCGGAUCUCAACUGGACCAAUGCAGAGUGUAGACACACGCUAUACAGCGACACGAUCGAGUUCUGGCUCAAGAAGGGCAUCGACGGGUUCAGAGUGGACACCGUGAAUCUGUACAGCAAGCCGAUGGACUUCCCGGAUGCGCCCAUCACUGACCCCUUCGCUGAAUGGCAGAUCGGCGACGAUGUGUUCUGCAACGGUCCAAGGAUGCACGAGUAUUUGCAAGAGAUGGGUGCCAUUUUUGCCCGCUACGAUGCAAUGACCGUUGGGGAACUGCCAGCUACACCCGAUAUCCAGGACGUUCUGCGGUACAUUUCGGCUGAACGCAACGAGCUGAGCCAGGUGUUUCAGUUUGACAUUUCCAUACUGGGCAGGGACGACAAUGAUUUCUAUUUCACGCACGAGUUCUCGCUGAAGGAGUUGAAGGAGGUGGUGGAGAAGUGGCAGCGGUUCGUCGAGGGAACGGAUGCGUGGCCGACGGUGUUUUUGGAGAAUCACGACCUGCCGAGGGCCAUCAACAAGUAUGCCUCGGCCAAGCCAGAGCAUAUCACAGCGAGCGGCAAGAUGCUUGCAUUGAUGGAGGUCGGGUUGACUGGCACGCUUUACCUAUAUCAAGGACAGGAGAUCGGCAUGACCAACAUCCCCACCACCUGGACACACGAGGAGUACAAGGAUGUGAUCGCGGUCAACUACUAUCGAGAUGCAGACCAGCGUUCCGGCGGCGACGCUCAGGUACUCAAAAAGACGCUCGAGGACAUCAACAAGCAGGGCAGGGACAGUGCGCGCACGCCGGUCCAGUGGAGCGAUGCACCGAAUGGCGGAUUCAGCGCCGACCCGAACACGGUACCGUGGAUGAAGACCAACGACAAUUACACGAGCAUCAACGUGGCUGCACAGGAAAAGGACCACCAGUCUGUUCUGGCGUUCUACCGCAAAGCGCUCGCGGUGAGGAAGAAGCACGCUUCGUUGCUUGGACGAGGAGAGUUCCGGCUUGUAGAGCGGGACGAUGAACAGCUGUUCAAAUACAUCAAUAUUGCAGAGGGCGGCAAAGACGGCGAUGCUGGUGAGAGGGCGUUUGUGGUGCUCAACUUUUCGGAUGCUCCACAACAGUAUACGGUACCAGAGGAGGCGGGAGGAAGCAAAGCAAAGAUAGUACUCGAGACGUUGCAGGAUGGUGAGCGAGGCAAGUUGAGAGCUUGGGAGGGUAGGAUGUACCUCUACAACGACCUCGAUGGAUGA